GUGACAGACAGACAGUUCUCUCUUCUUUCUUGUUUCUUUUGAUUCGUUGUGCAAAGAAUGGUAGAUCAAAAUAAGGCCUACUUUAACUUGAUUUUCCAGUAUUAAAAUACAACAUAAUCAUAUUUAACUUAGUGAUCAAAUAAAAAUUAGCUUUCAUUGUCUUGUAUUUGGUGUAGUGAAAUGUGGUCGAUGACAGCGUGAAACCAGUGCUACAUAAAGCAAAUGAAUACAGCACCAGCUAGACAAUAGAUGCAAUUGAAGUUUUUUUGUUCACUUCGUAUCGUUUUAUUCUGUUGUAUUUAUGAGAGGGAUUAUAUUGCCAGUAUGAGUUCUGUUGGUAGCAAUACGAGUGUGAAGCCCCAGAUGCCUUUGCGGCAAAAGGAUUUCGAUCAAAUAUGGGGCGACUUGCAAGAAGGCAUCGAACAAGUCUAUAAGAGACAGUAUAUGGUGAAGAAAAGAUACAUACAUUUGUAUACUCAUGUAUACAACUAUUGUACGUCCGUGAACCACCAGAGUUCUAGCUCAUCAGCAAGCCGGAACAGCGCCAACAACGGCGGAAGAAACAAUUAUGGAGGCAAGAAACAGUCUGGACAAGUGCAGGGCGGUGCUCAGCUAGUUGGCCUAGAAUUGUACAAGAGACUACGCGAGUUCCUCAGGAUUUAUCUCAUUAAUCUACUUCAGAACGGUGCCGAUCUAAUGGGUGAAGACGUCCUGGCAUUCUAUACGAAACAAUGGGAGGAGUACCAGUUCUCAUCACGGGUGUUGAACGGCGUCUGCGCAUACCUCAACCGGCACUGGGUCAAGCGCGAGUGCGAGGAGGGCAGGAAGGGUAUCUACGAGAUCUACCAGUUAGCUUUAGUGACGUGGCGCGACAAUCUGUUCCAACGGCUCAACAAACAAGUGACUAACGCCGUGUUGAAACUGAUCGAGAGGGAACGCAACGGGGAAACCAUUAACACCAGGCUCGUUUCAGGGGUGAUCGAUUGCUAUGUGGCGUUAGGCUUGAACGAGGAGGACCCAAGUGCGCGCGGCCAAAACCUUGCCAUAUACAAGGAGACCUUCGAAGCUGUUUUCUUAGAAGACACAGAGAGAUUCUACAUCAGAGAGAGUACAGAUUUUCUACGUAACAACCCCGUUACCGAGUACAUGAUAAAAGCAGAACAAAGACUGCAGGAGGAGCAGCGUCGCGUUCAAGUGUACUUACACGAGACCACUAUGGAGCGACUCGCGAAAACAUGCGACCGCGUUCUCAUAGAGAAACACCUAGAGAUAUUCCACGCUGAGUUCCAGAAACUACUCGACGGCGAGAAGAACGAUGAUCUGGGCCGUAUGUAUAGUCUGGUGGCUCGUAUACCGGACGGUCUGUGCGAGUUGAGGCGGUUACUCGAGCAACAUAUACAUGCGCAGGGACUGCAGGCCAUAGACAAAUGUGGAGAGAGCGCGCACACGGAUCCUAAAGUGUAUGUGUCAACAAUAUUGGAGGUACACAAGAAGUACAACGCCCUAGUUUUGGUUGCGUUCAACAAUGAUUCCGGGUUCGUAGCGGCGUUGGACAAAGCAUGCGGCAGAUUUAUAAACAGCAACGCAGUGACGAAAGCCGCUAAUUCAUCGUCCAAAAGUCCAGAACUCCUCGCCAAGUAUUGCGAUCUGUUGCUGAAGAAAUCCAGCAAGAACCCUGAAGAAGCAGAACUAGAAGACACCCUCAAUCAAGUGAUGGUUGUGUUCAAAUAUAUCGAAGAUAAGGAUGUAUUCCAGAAGUUCUACAGUAAAAUGCUUGCCAAGAGACUGGUGCAACACAUGUCCGCCAGCGAUGACGCAGAGGCCUCAAUGAUCUCAAAGUUGAAACAGGCGUGUGGUUUCGAAUACACAAGCAAGUUGCAAAGAAUGUUCCAAGAUAUCGGCGUAUCCAAAGAUUUGAAUGAAAACUUCCGCAAGCACAUGUUGGACAGCGCAGAGUCGCCUUUGCACAUUGACUUUAGCAUCCAGGUGCUAUCAUCAGGGUCUUGGCCCUUCCAGCAGUCUAGCUCUUUCCAGCUACCCACUGAGUUGGAGAGAUCUGUGCAUCGUUUCACAUCGUUCUACUCCGCUCAGCACUCUGGUCGCAAACUGAACUGGCUCUACAACAUGAGCAAGGGGGAACUCGUCACUAACUGCUUCAAGAACAGGUACACAUUGCAAGCGAGCACUUUCCAAAUGGCAGUACUACUUCAGUACAAUGAUAAUACAGCGUGGACAGUAAGACAAUUGGAACAACACACUGGCAUUAAGGGUGAUUUCUUACUGCAGGUACUUCAAAUACUGUUGAAAGCGAAACUGCUGGUAUGCCAGGACGACGAAUCAGAUCUAACAGAGUCAUCGGUAGUGGAAUUGUAUCUAGGAUAUAAGAACAAAAAGCUUCGCGUCAACAUCAACAUACCAUUGAAGACGGAACUUAAAGUGGAACAAGAGGCGACGCACAAACACAUAGAAGAGGAUCGGAAAAUGCUUAUACAGGCGGCCAUAGUGAGGAUAAUGAAGACCCGUAAGACCCUGAAGCAUCAGCACUUGGUGGUGGAGGUGCUUAACCAGCUAUCAUCGAGGUUCAAACCGCGCGUGCCCGUCAUCAAGAAAUGCAUCGAUAUCCUGAUCGAGAAGGAGUAUCUGGAGCGCACUGAGGGAGAGAAAGACACCUACAGCUAUUUGGCAUGAUCGCGUUAUAUAUACGAUAAUAAAUAAAAUAUAACAAUAUUACAUUAUUG